UUUGGAAAGUUUCCUGAAAACCUUGUUGCUCUAUAUAUUAGUCAAGUUUUGGAAGGUUUAUUAUAUCUUCAUGAUCAAGGUGUUAUACAUCGUGAUAUAAAGGGUGCAAAUAUAUUAACCACAAAAGAAGGUUUAGUUAAAUUAGCUGAUUUUGGUGUUGCUACAAAAACUGCUAAUCUUGGUGAUUUAUCCGUGGUUGGUUCUCCUUAUUGGAUGGCUCCUGAAAUAAUUGAAUUAUCUGGUGCUACUACUUCUUCUGAUAUUUGGAGUGUUGGUUGUGUUGUUAUUGAACUUUUAGAAGGAAAACCUCCUUAUCAUAAUUUAGAUCCAAUGCCUGCCCUUUUUCGAAUUGUUGAAGAUGAUCAUCCUCCUUUACCUGAAAGUGCUUCUCCUGCUGUUAAAGACUUUCUUAUGCAAUGUUUUCAAAAAGAUAGUAACCUUCGUGUAUCUGCAAGAAAAUUACUUAGACAUCCUUGGAUUGCUAAUGUUCGUAAACCAAAUAUAACUACUGAAUUUGAAGAUGCUAUAAGAUCUGUGAAAGAAUGGAAUGAAGCUCUAAAGGAUGCUAAAUUUGAAAAUCAUAAAAGACGAAGAAGUGGUUCUAUAAAAUCUUCUGCUACUAUGCCUACAAAAUCAACAUCUCCUCUUUAUUGUUCUUCCCCAAAAAUUCCUGAUUUUACUCCUCCUACUAAUACUUGGGAUAACUUAUCUUCUCUGGGCAAUUCUUUGAAUCAACAAAAUAAACGUUUAUCCGUAUUUCUUGAACAGGCUGAAGUUGAAGGAAAUAAUUGGGAUAAUGAUUUUGUAGAUUCUAUAUCUUUUUCUCAAUUUACUGAUAUUCAAAACAGGCAACCAAAUACUAAAUCUUCUAAUGCUGAUAUUCAACCUAAACAAUCAAAUCAUGAAUUUUCUGAUGAUGAUAAUUCUCAAACUGUUCGACCGGCUCAAUUUAGUAAUGGUCUUAAAAAAAAUAAAAUUCAUUCGGUUUCAAAAGAUCAAGGAAAACAAAUUACAAUAAAAGACAAUAUAACUAAUGGAUUCGUUGAGAAAUCUAAUGGUUUGGAAAAUGUUCAGGACACUGUAAUUCAUUUACCUUCAAAAUCUUUAAAUAAUUCUACUCUGGAAUCAUCAACUUCAAUGUCUAAUGAUACUGAUGAAUCUAAACCACGUACUAGACAUACUCGUUCACAUACCACUAAUGAAGUACCUGUCUCAAUUAAUGGGGUAAAAAAGUGUUCAAAUAAAUCUCUUUCUUCUUUACCUGCUCAAAAAUCAACAAUGUCUGCUCCAUCUUCUCCAUCUUCAAGAUAUUUUGAUAUACCUGGUUAUCAAAUAUCAAAUAAGAUUAUAAUUAGUCCAUCUCGAGUAUCAACUCCC